CCUGUGGAGCAUGCGCAAUGCAAGAGAAAGCAAACGCAAUAACAAACCGCUUCAGAAGUAGCAAACUAUCGCUGUACUCUUUGUCAGGAGUGUAUUGUGAGAAAAUAUCCAGGUAUGUAAUACAAAUAUACGCUUAUCUGACUGGACGGACUUUCGACUGAAGUCAAGAGGAACACAGAAGUGAAGACUGCGGCUUUUUUUUUUUUUUUUUUCUACUUUUCUGGAAGUGCCUCUACGCACUUGUUUCCUGGUAAAUACUCAGCAGCAAAUUGAGUGAGAAAUGUGAAAGUAGCGCUUCGCGACGCGGAACAGGAGGCUACCAACCCAUCGGACUCCUGCGUGUUUACGCGUGUUUGCUACAUGAGCCUGUCGGCGGGAUGUCGCUGAGUUCAGGCGGUUGGGCUCACAGUCCCGGCCUCACACCGGACCAGUCCACCGCCCUUACCAGCAGCUAUGACACCUCGCAACCUAGCUGCCAGACCGUCCUCAUGUCGGUUCGGGUCUCGGUGUGCCAUUCUGGGGUUCGCCCGCUGUGUCUUCCGGGAGCAGGUGAUGAGUCACUCCGCCUGCAACUGAGCAUGGACCCGGGGAAAUCUGGGGAAUUCCGGUUGGCGAUGCAGAGCACCGCCAGGGCGGGCCAGAGUGUGACCAUUGCUGAGUUUGAUUUGCGGUCCAUAAAUUAUGAAGUGAAGUCACCAAAAUGCCACGAGCUGAUUUCGGUGGCGCCUCCGUGUGACCGCAUCAGCUUCAACUUCAGCAGCGAGAAGGAGGCUGAGGAGUGGGCCACUGUGAUCAUGUCCUCAUUGAGAGAAGCACAUCGAGUCACACCUCAGGAAAAUGGUCUACAGCACCUCUUCGAUGGUCUCCACCUUCAGAAUACCUCAGCUUUACAACAAACAGAAGACGCUUGUAUAGAGCUGAAAAAAGCCAUAGAGGCGGGGGAUAUGCAGAGCGCCUCUGUCUUUGCUGCUUCCCUCGCCCGUAAACAGGCAGCCCUAAAGAUCCAGCCCUCCACCAAAACCUAUGAAGACACUGAAAUAAAUUUGGCUGUUAUUGUUGAGGAUUCUUCCUCAUCCUGUUGCAUCACUGUGAAAGUUUUCCCUCACAUGACUACUGCAUCGUUGAAACAGCAGAUGUUUCUCGAAUAUGGCUUCCACCCACGGGUGCAACGUUGGGUAAUUGGCCAGUGUUUGUGUGCUGAGCUCAGGUCCCUCGCGUCAUACGGCGUCCGUCAGGAUGGUGACACGGCCUUCUUGUACCUCUUGUCAGCCCGCCACUCUCGUCUGACCCUUCAGGUCCUGCAGCAGGAUCAGGAGAGCGCCCUCCUUCUCAGCCCUCCCCCAUCUCUUCCUGCUGCCUCCACAAAUGGACCCUCCUCUCAGGACUGGAGGCCAUAUGACACUCUACCUCCAAGACUCCACAGGAGCAGCAAUAAUGGUGGUUCAGAGAGACAAAAUGUCGGCGAUAUUAGAGAUCUCAUCAGUUUCGAAAUGCCUCAACGCAAUGAAGUUCUAUGCCGAAACACAUCUUCUACGCAGGGUUGGUCAUGUCCAUCUUGCACGUACAUCAACAAACCAACACGACCUGGCUGUGAGAUCUGCAGCACGAACCGCCCUGAGAACUACAUUAUCCCUGGAGGACACCAGCCUGAUGCCCUGGAGCUCAGAAGGAUCCAGCAGGAGGAGGCGGCAACCAGACAGUACCAGCAGGCAAAGGAGCAGGAGCGAAGGGAGAAUUUUGCCCGGCUGGUGAAGAUGGAUGGUCAGGACCUGGUGCCCAAUCCUGAGCCGGUGGAUUGUAAGAUUUGCUUUGUGGAGCUACAGUCGGGAGAAGGAGUCCUGCUGAGGGAGUGUCUCCACUGUUUCUGCAGAGAGUGCUUACGCUCUGUCAUCAUGCUGAGCGAGGAGCCCGAGGUGUCCUGUCCAUACAGAGACGAUACAUACGCCUGUCCUUGGGCCCUACAGGAGAGGGAGAUCCGAGCUCUGGUGUCUCCUGAGGAAUAUGAGCGCUGGCUGCAAAGAAGCCUUUCAGUAGCAGAGUCUCGGUGCGAGGGCAGCUAUCACUGUGCAACUCCGGAUUGUCUGGGAUGGUGUGUGUAUGAGGAUACCGUCAAUGUUUUCCACUGCCCGGUCUGCAGGAGACACAACUGCCUCAUUUGCAAGGCCAUCCACGAGGGGAUAAACUGCAAACAAUACCAAGACGAUCUUGCAGUCCGUGCCAUAAAUGACUCUGCCGCUAGAAGGACGACACAUCUACUAAAGAGUCUUGUGCAGUCAGGGGAGGCCAUGCACUGUCCUCAGUGUGGCAUCAUUGUGCAGAAAAGGGAUGGAUGUGAUUGGCUGCGCUGCACUGUCUGUCACACUGAGAUUUGCUGGGUAACCAGAGGACCUCGCUGGGGACCCAAGGGUCCUGGAGACACCAGUGGUGGAUGUCGCUGCAAUGUCAACAAUCACAAAUGUCAUCCUAAAUGCCAAAACUGUCACUGAGACUCGAGACGGGGAUUCUUGGAUAUCUCUGGAAAUAAACCAGUCUCACAGCACAGGGAGAAUGAGUUCAACCAUUCAACAUAGUUAUAUUUAAACUAAAACUGUACAAGAUACCUUGUGUAGCACAUAGACACAUUAGUUUUCUCUCAGCGGAUGUCUGACCAGCAGGCUUACCUGAAAGUAAGUCCAUGGGUGUGGUAAGGUGUAGCACAAAGUGUAUUAGCUUUGAAUGCAUGUGGUGCCUUUUCACAGUGUGGUAUAAAGUUGUUGUAGAAAAGACGCAUGUUACUGUUUUUGUAAAGGUAACCCCAGGUUGAGUUUGGGAGUUUUAAUGUUACAAAGCUGUUGAUCUUCUUUCCUGGUCUGUCACCAUGGUAACAAAUGCAGAAAUGAUCUUCCUGCUCAGACUCCAGAUGUGCACACUUGAAACACAGGCUGUUGAUCGACUGAUGGCAUCAGAUAUUUAACAACACUGAGGCUUUUAAAGUGAAGGAGUCUCUUUUUGUCUGCGUUUUGCUGCUAUGGUUGACUUUCACUAGGAAACAUUUCCAUAACAUAGGUCAGCAAAAUUGAUGCUUAUGUAGCCUUAGACUCAUUACUCUGACGUUUCUUAUCAACUGUUAGAUCUUAUGGACCUUUUUCAUGUUUUAGCAGCAAUUUCAAGAUGUGAUAUCAGUUAAUUCCAACACUGAAGCAUUUUUCAGCUUUCCUUCUUGCCUCAUUUGUAUGAUUGGUCCUCUAACUUCAAACUCUUGUUUUGCAUGAAUGCACUCAUACCUGGAGUCAGAAAACCUGUGGACUUAACAGACUGGUAGUACCAAUAGGUGCAGUUUAAAGAAAUAUGAAUGAUUAAGAUGCGUUGUAGUACGGGACUCAAGGGUGUUGAAUUCAGAUUUGAAUGUUACACUCUGGGAUGAUUUGCAUUAAACUGAAGUGACCUUAUUUGUCCGCACCAAAACCCGUAGCAGGGUGUCACCGAAUGAGGUUUUUUUUCUAGAAAAUGCGACUGAAUAUUUUGUUUGUUGUAGAUGUGUAAUUUUUGUGUUAAGAGUGUGAAGUGUUACAAACCAUUUGUGUGUGUGUGUGUGCAUGUGUGUAAAUACACACUGAAUUAUGUGUGGCCUACAGUUCACAUGAGCGAAUGCAGGCUGCUCAUUUUGUGUUUGAACUGAUCACCGUAAGAGUAUUCAUCCUGCCAUGCUGACCCACCUGGCUGUUACAUCACAUAAUCUGUGAAGAACUGGGGAUCACUGUCAAAUAUGUUAUUAAUUUAUUAUAUAUUCAAUAAGGAAAAAGUGCAUCUAAACACCUUUUACUAAUAAGCUAAUAUUCCAGAUGGACAAUUUAAACGUAGAGUACUUACCUUAGUAACUCUUUUUACAGCUUUUUAAAGUUUUGCAUCUUUGGAAAUGUUUCGAUUAUUUUCUAAAUCUUAUGCAUGGAUGCACUUCCUGUUGACUGUACUACAGAACUGACAAGCCAUGUUGUUACAUGUCAGCACUCUUGCUGAUGAACGUUUGUGCCUUAAUCGUGAAUAAAUAUGCUCUAAACUCA